UUCACCAUUUCCGAUAAAAAAAAAAAAAAAAAAACCUUUCUUAUGGAAUUUUCCGGUCAAAAAAAAAAAAUCUCAAAAAUUUUGAUUAGCUUUUAGUACAGAGAGAUUACUCAUUUCUUUGGUAAAUGGAUCAUCACCACCAACCUCUCAUCAGCCCUCAAUCACGUUUCCGUCUCGAACCCAUCCCUGAGAACCCAAACUCCUCCUCCUCCUCCUCGGCCGCCGUCACAACAAUCCCUCGCUCUAUCUCAAACACUUCCUUCUUCCACGAGAUUUCUCAAGAACGUCUUCUUCAUCUUCAAGACCUCGAAGAAUCCGUACAAAACGACGACGAAGACCAAGACGAAGAAGACAGAGACCAAGAAGAAACAGAUCGGUUCUACUCCAAUUAUACAAGACCACUUCACAGAUGUCGUACAGCUCCAGCUAUGGUAAUAAUCAAAGACUUGAGACCAAACAAAACCCAAGAAACAAAGAAACCAUCACCAAUCUCAAAAUCAAUCAUCAAACAAGCUCUGUUAUUGCUGAUCAUCUACUUAACCUUAGGGGUUUCAAUCUACUCCUUCAACAGAGACCACUACUCAGGGAUCGAGACUCAUCCCGUUGUCGACGCUCUCUAUUUCUGUAUCGUCACUAUGUGCACGAUCGGUUACGGUGACAUCGCCCCGUUGACCCCAUGGACUAAGAUCUUCGCCGUUGUCUUCGUUCUCUUCGGAUUCGGGUUCUUGGAUAUACUUCUGAGCGGUGUUGUCAACUACGUUUUGGAUCUUCAAGAGAGUAUGAUCCUAACCGGAAUCCAAACCAACCAGCAGCAGCAGCAUCACCAUCGCUUCUCUGCUAAAGAUUACAUCAUCGAUUUCGAGAAAGGGAGGAUGAGGAUAAGGAUGAAGGUUGGUUUAGCGCUAUGCGUCGUCGUUUUGUGUAUCGGCGUUGGUGCUUUGGUUUUGCAUUUCGUUGAGGAUUUGGGUUUCGUUGAUUCGGUUUAUCUCUCGGUUAUGUCGGUUACUACGGUUGGGUACGGUGAUCGGGCUUUUAAGACGCUUGAAGGGAGGCUUUUCGCCGCGGUUUGGCUUCUUGUUUCCACUCUUGCGGUGGCGCGUGCGUUUUUGUAUCUGGCGGAGGCGAGGAUUGAUCGGCGGCAUCGGAAAGCUGUUAAAUUGGCUUUGAAUAGAGAGAUCACCGUUGAGGAUUUGCUCACUGCUGACACUUAUCAACAUGGUUUCAUCAGUAAAUCAGAGUAUAUAGUGUUGAAGCUUAAGGAGAUGGGGAAGAUCACUGAUAAAGACAUUAACCAGGUUGUGAUUCAGUUUGAUAAACUUGAUUCCAAUAAUUUGGGCAAAAUCACUUUACCUGAUCUUUUGAGGGGUCCUUUGUGACAAAAGAACAUUCUCUGUCUCUGCUUUGUUUUUUAGUGUUCCUUCUUGUACAAUUAUCUUAAUUUUUUUUUUACCUUUUUAAGAAAAAUAACUGAAUAUAUAUAUAUAUAUAUAUAUAGCAGCAAUGAUUUAUACAAAGAAUUAUCUCUCAAUUUAUAAGAGAUAAUAUAAAUGUGUAUGUGUUUUUUCUUUUUUGCUUUGUAUAAACUCAAUGGCCAAAGAUAUUUUCGGACAAGGUUUCC